AUGGCGCAAAGAAGAAUUGACCUCAAUCAACUUCAACCUCAACAAAUCGUUGAAUUAAGGAAAAACACUGAGCAGGAAAUAAACCAUUUCACUCAAUCUCUACAGGCACUCCAAACCGCUCAAAGUAAAUUGAAAGAAUGUAUUUCAAGUAUUGAAAGUAUGUCCACAACCUCAGCAAAGGAACUUUUAGUUCCUCUUACCUCAUCAUUAUACCUCCCAGGAGAAAUUGUCAAUAAAGACGAAUAUUUGGUGGAUAUUGGAACGGGAUAUUUUGUCGGUAAGCUGGCAAAGGAGGCCAUUAAGGUGUAUAGUGGAAAAGUCGAGAAAUUGAAUGAAGAUGCUAAGAAGUUGAAAGAUAUAUUGGUACAAAAAAACGACACUUUGAAUAGUAUGAGCUUAGUAUUGAGAGAAAAAAUGAUCGAGUAUGAACAACAACAACAGCAGCAAGAACAACAGCAACAGCAACAGGCUGUAUAA